CAAUCUUCACAUAAAAUUCGCGAAAAUGCAUUUUAUGUUAGAUUUAUUUCUUCGCUUUUCACUUCAUCUGCAAACCAUAUUGAAAUCCAACAUGCCAAUUUUUAUAAAGAGUUAAAUAAACGUGGAAUCGAUGUCAAAAUUAAAAACGUGUUCAAACGAUAUACGAACGUCAUAAGUAUUGAAACCGAUGAACGUAAUGUAAAAAUAAUUACCGAAAUUGAGCAUGUUGAAAGUGUCGAACCUGUGAAACUUUAUAAACGAAACAAAUUUAAUAAAAAAAAUUUGAAAAAUAAAGCCGAGGAUUUUCGUUAUGAAACGGUUUUAAUUGCUCCUGAUAAUGAUAUUAAUGCUAUUCAUGAAAUUACUGGUGUUAAAAAGUUUCGCGAAAUAUUAAAACUUUUAGGACAUACAUGGUGUCAGGGUGUGACACCUGAUAUAAUUUUUGGAGCAUAUAAAGUUUUACCUUUGGAUUGUCCAAGUGAUUAUGAUGUCAAUAAUAAAGUAUACAACAUUCAUAGACAAGAAUUUUUAGAUAUGGUAAUGAAAGCUAUUAUCAUGGCGGUUGAUGAUGGAAUGGACAUCAUAAAUUUAUCUAUUGGAUCUGAAGGUGAUAAUAGAGGCCCUCUGUCAAUUAUGAUCAAUGAUUUGGCUAAAUAUAAAGGAAUAAUAUUCAUAUCGACGGCAGGAAAUGAUGGUAUUUUGAGCGUAUUUACUAGUUUGAUGCCAUCGGAUAUUCAAAAUACAAUUAGUGUCAGUUCAUUCAGAACUGAUAAAGUUAUUAAUUUCAAAGCCUUUGAUCCAAAGAAUCCAGAAUUUGUUAUUAACUAUAUUACAAGAAGUACAUUGGUAUUUCCGUUCCAAAGUGCUAAUGUUAAAUUGUUUCUAAUGAACAAAUGUUCAAAUGAUUACAAAGAAUUUAUUAAUACACUAAUUAUCAUAGACUUUAGAGAAAAUUUAUCAUGUAUCGAUAUAAUGAUUAGUCCACUCGGACGAUUUUUAAUUUUUCCUGAAAUUAUUGAAGAAGGUUUACCGAACGUGAGCUAUGGAUAUAUGGAAUAUAAACCAUAUUCAGUAGUUCCUUCAGUAUUUUCAAGUUGGGGUUUAAGUGUCGAGUUAGAUAUCAAGCCUGAAAUUUCCGCACCAGGGCAACAUAUUUUUCAACUUUCCUACCGGCAUAGCAGAUAUAUUGAAGUAUUUGGAAAAUUACAAUCUUACGAACAACUAAAAGUGGCAUUCAUGAAUAAUGCUGUUCCUUAUAAAGAUCGCAAUAAUUUAUUAGCUCCGGUAGUUAUCCAAGGCGCAGGAUUCAUCAACGCUUUUAAAUUGUUGAAAGCAAUCAGCUUUGUCUAUCCACCAAAAAUUAAUUUGAAUGAUACA